UUCACAUCUGUGAGAGCUGCAAGAACACGGGUGGCUGCAACACAGCAGGAGAGGCUGCAGGAGCUGGGAACGUUCAGGUUGAGAAGAGGAGCUGAGGGCAGAGCUCACUGCUCUCUAUGGCUGCUGAAGGGAGGCUGCAGGGAGCUGGGGGCGGCCUCUGCUCUGUGCCAUCAGCGAUGGGAGCAGAGGGAACGGCUUCAAGCUGCGGCAGGGGAGAUUGAGGCUGGGCGUGAGGAAGAAUCGCUGGUCAGCAAGGUGGGCAGCACUGCAAUGGAUGCCCAGGGAGGUGGGGGAGGCAGCGAGCCUGGGGGUGUCGAAGGCAAGGCUGGGUGCUGUGCUGAGGGACGGGGUGCAGUGGGAGCUGUUGGUGAUGGGGGAGCGGUGGGACUGGGGGAGCUUGGAGGUCUUUUCCAACCUGGGUGAUUCCAGGGUUCUAAAAAGGACGGGGAGCUGUUGGGAAGAGUCCAGCGCAGGGCAGCAAGAUGGAGAGCGGCCUGGAGCAUCUCUGCUAUGGAGAAAGGCUGAGCUGCGUCUGUUCAGCAUGGAGGGAAGGAGGCUGAGAGGGGAGCUGAGCCAGGGCUGUGAAUAUCUGAGGUGUGGGGGCAGCACGGCGAGGCCGGACUCUGUUCAGUGGGGAGUGGAGACAGGAGGAGGGGAAACGGCCGGGAACUGAGCAUAGGAAGUUGUGCAGCACUGUGCGAAGGAACGGCUGUGCAGUGAGGGGAGGAGCGAUGGAACAGGGAGGGGGGGUCUGUGGGUCCCAACGGGUCUCUAUGGGUCCCAGUGGGUCUCUAUGGGUCCCAACGGGUCUCUAUGGGUCCCGAUGGGUCCCAAUGUGUCUCUAUGGGUCCCAGUGUGUCUCUAUGGGUCCCAACGUGUCUCUAUGGGUCCCAGUGUGUCUCUAUGGGUCCCAACAUGUCUCUAUGGGUCCCAACAUCAUGGAGUAAAGAAGGCUGAGAGGGGAGCUGAUCCAGGGCUGUGAAUACCUGAGGUGUGGGGGCAUGGUGGUGAGGCCAGGCUCUGUUCAGCAAUACAUGCAAACAGGGUGAGGGGAAACGGACACAAGCUGCAGCAGAAUGGUUCUAUGAUUCUAUUCUAUGAUUCAAGGAAGGUUGAAGGCUCUUACAAGCAGCUCUGUAGAGCAGGAGGUCAGAACUUCUCCAUCCACCUUCCCCUUCCAUGCACAGCUGUUUCCCUCUAUCAGCCUCCGUUUUGGUGUGAAGAUCAGCCCGGGGCUGAUGGCUCGGCUCUCAGUGCUUCUGCCUCGGCCUUCAGGUCCUGCCCUAACAGGGCUCUCUCCCUCUUCCUGUGUUGGACACAACGCAGCACUGGGUGGUGGGACAGAAAGUUUAGCAGAAAAAUAGAGAAUUCCAAAUCCUAUAUGGAAGAAAUGCAAGUAGGAACGUGGGGCUGGGGGAGGGAGGGCGCUCAGGAGUUCACUGCAUCUCCUACAGGUGGAGGCUGAGCUCUGGGGCAUCCGCUUGGUUUCAUGGAUGAUGCUGCUCGUGUCUCCAUCCCUUCCUCCAUCCCUCCCACAUGGGACGGGGAUCCAGCCCUGCUUGUUGUGCCUCCAUCCCUCCUUGUUGUGCCUCCAUCCCUCCUUGUUGUGCCUCCAUCCUUCCUUGUUGUGCCUCCAUCCUUCCUUGUUGUGCCUCCAUCCCUCCUUGUUGUGCCUCCAUCCUUCCUUGUUGUGUCUCCAUCCUUCCUUGUUGUGCCUCCAUCCCUCCUUGUUGUGCCUCCAUCCCUCCUUGUUGUGCCUCCAUCCUUCCUUGUUGUGCCUCCAUCCUUCCUUGUUGUGCCUCCAUCCUUCCUUGUUGUGUCUCCAUCCUUCCUUGUUGUGCCUCCAUCCUUCCUUGUUGUGCCUCCAUCCCUCCUUGUUGUGCCUCCAUCCUUCCUUGUGCCUCCAUCCCUCCUUGUUGUGCCUCCAUCCUUCCUUGUUGUGCCUCCAUCCUUCCUUGUUGUGCCUCCAUCCCUCCUUGUUGUGCCUCCAUCCUUCCUUUUUUUGCCUCCAUCCUUCCUUGUUGUGCCUCCAUCCCUCCUUGUUGUGCCUCCAUCCCUCCUUGUUGUGCCUCCAUCCUUCCUUGUUGUGCCUCCAUCCUUCCUUGUUGUGCCUCCAUCCCUCCUUGUUGUGCCUCCAUCCCUCCUUGUUGUGCCUCCAUCCUUCCUUGUUGUGCCUCCAUCCUUCCUUGUUGUGCCUCCAUCCUUCCUUGUCGUGCCUCCAUCCUUCCUUGUUGUGCCUCCAUCCCUCCUUGUUGUGCCUCCAUCCUUCCUUGUUGUGCCUCCAUCCCUCCUUGUUGUGCCUCCAUCCUUCCUUGUUGUGCCUCCAUCCCUCCUUGUUGUGCCUCCAUCCCUCCUUGUUGUGCCUCCAUCCCUCCUUGUUGUGCCUCCAUCCUUCCUUGUUGUGCCUCCAUCCUUCCUUGUUGUGCCUCCAUCCUUCCUUGUUGUGCCUCCAUCCCUCCUUGUUGUGCCUCCAUCCCUCCCACGUGGGAUGGGGAUCCAUCUUUCCUUGUUGUGUCUCCAUCCCUCCCACCUGGGAUGAGGAUCCAGCCCAGCUUGUUGUGCCUCCAUCCUUCCUUGUUGUGUCUCCAUCCCUCCCACCAGGGAUCAGGAUCCAUCCCUCCUUGUUGUGCCUCCAUCCUUCCUUGUUGUGCCUCCAUCCUUCCCACUUGGGAUGGGGAUCCAUCCUU